GCUGCCCUGGCAGCCGGCGGGACGCGGCGGGGGGCGGCCGCCAUGCUGGGCGCCGCGGGCCCCUUCCUCCGCCCGCAGCGGCGGGCCGGGCCCGAGGAGCGGCGGCGCAGGGUGGCCCCGCUGGCGGCGAGCCCCCCGCCGGCCGAACGGGGAGAGGAGCCGCUCCUCAGGGGCAUCUUCGAGAUCGGCAAGAGGAGCUGCGACGUGGUGCUGAGCGCCCGGCGGCUGCGCUGGAGCCCCAUCGUGCCCGAGAGCCCCGCAGGUGAUUCCAGUACAGUUCUACAGGAUGAAGAGGAGAUUAUUGAGAUGAAAGAUGUAUUUUCAGUCAAACUAAAACGCCGUCGUUUUGUGGGACAGAAAAAAGGUGGUACUUUAUUGGGUAUCACUAUUUUUAAAUGCUUGCGUAAAGAAGAAAAUAAACUAACAGACUGCGCUGUCCAUUUAAACAACUUAAGUGAAGAUCACUGUAAUUCAUGGUUUAGACAUCUAAAGGAAAUUUUGAAUGGCUUUCAAAAUAGACCUAAAUCCUUGAAAGUAUUUGUUAAUCCAAGCAGCCACAAACGAGAAGCCACUCAUGUUUAUUAUGAAAAAGUUGCACCGCUUUUUAAGCUUGCUGACAUCAAAACUGAUGUCACAGUAACUGAAUAUGAAGGACAUGCUCUCUCGGUACUGAAAGAAUGUGAACUCCAGGCAUUUGAUGGGGUAGUUUGUGUCGGUGGAGAUGGAUCUGUCAGCGAAGUUGCUCAUGGUCUCCUACUUAAAGCCCAGAUAGAUGCUGGAAAAGGUACAGACUAUAUACCAGCACCUGUCAGAGCGUCAGUCCCUCUUGGAGUAAUACCAGCAGGUACUACUAAUAUUUUGGCCCACACUCUCUAUGGUAUUAAACAUGCAGUGACUGCAACGCUGCACAUUGUAAUGGGUCAUAUUCAACCAGUAGAUGUCUGUACUUUCAGUACUCCAAGCAAGCUUUUGCGUUUUGGGUUCUCAGCUAUGUUUGGUUUUGGUGCAAGGACUCUAGCUUUGGCUGAAAAGCACCGUUGGAUGCCCUCCAAUCAGCGGAAGGAUUUUGCUUUUAUCAAAACACUGGCAGAUCUCAAGCCAGAGGAAUGUGAAUUAUCAUUUCUACCUCUACAAAUUCCACAGGAAGACUCUCAUGAAAAUGACAGAAAGAAGAAAGGGAAAAACAAAAAAAAAGGUAGCAAGGAUCAAUGGCACAAAAUUCAGGGUCACUUCCUGAAUGUGAGCAUUAUGGCAAUCCCUUGUCUGUGUUCAAUGGCACCAAGAGGCUUGGCACCUAAUACGAGCCAGGAAAAAACACAGUAUGAGUCUUUCUGCUGUCAAGAAGAACUGAAAUUCACACUUGUAUUCUGCCUUAAUUUUGCCAAAUUUGGGAAAUGCAGCUUUACAUGUAGGGCUUUGGAAAACAAAUGAGUAUGUAAUCUGGUUGUUGACAUUGAUUCAUUUUGCCUUCAGCUCAUUGUUGAGAGCAUGCUUUGUGGUGAUCAAACAGCUAUCAGGUGAUAAAUCUUUGCAGCUGAUGUUUUCAGUGGAUGAUAAGCAGAAUAGCAAGUAUGAACUUCACGAACAUGAAAUACACGUACAUGAAAUACAACACACUCCCUCACAUAAGAAUUCAGAAAAAAUUCUUAUAUAUUCAGAAACUUUAUAUGUACAACCACUCAUGAAAGAUUACAGAAUGAGUGUGGUUUGUUUCAUUUGCUUAUCUUAGGUGAAAAUACACAUGCCUUAGAACUGAUCAGGUAUUUCUCUUUGAAAUUACUUGCUGAUCUGGUGGGAUUUGAUCUGUGGAAAACAAUGUAGAAACAAGAAGUUUUGAUGGAGUUCUUCUUUGGAAGUUUUCUGUGCUACAGGAGUCUUGCAGAGGUGCAUAUGUCUCACGAUAGUGCUGUGUUAUUUUCCCCUCUAAGGAACUUUGUUCAGCAUUUACUCUUAUUAUAGUCAGUAGAAAAAUUCUGACAAGAAUUUGUAGAAUCAUAGAAUAUCCGAGUUGGAAGGGACCCACAAGAAUCAUGUAGUCCAACUCCUGGGUCCCCAAAGGACCACCCAAAAAUCAGACCAUGUGUCUGAGAGCGUUGUCCAAAUGCUUCUUGAACUCCAUCAGGCUCAGUGCCGUGACCGCUUCCCUAUUCCAGUGCCUGACCACCCUCUUGGUGAAAAUCCCUUUCCUGAAUAGGUUUGAAUAGUCUUGAAUUGAAUAUUCUUUUAAGCUUUGCUUUCUCUUUCCACCUGUUCUGGCACCUCCUUCUCAGUGGUGAGGAAUUUUAUGGCAACUCCAUGCAAUUAUUGCAGCUUUGAAUGAGUCUGUUUCCCCUAUAGUUGUUCAGUGGAUCCCCCUAUUUUUAUAUAUAAGGAAGUCCUUUUUUACACUCUUAAAAAUAAUCUUAGGAGUGCAGUCACCUGCUAGGGUAGGAAGAGUUGGUGCUUCAGACAGGUAAAUUAUUCCUCAUAGAGAAUAAUAUAUUGACUGUAAAGCUUUCCAACACAGGAAACAAAUGUUGCACAAAUUAUUGGAGGUGCAAGACC